GUAAAUAACACAGAGCAAAGUUAGUCAGCAAGUUGCAUAGCUUCUGCAUUCUGAUUCUUUGGAGCCCUUUUGUACCAAGCUUGACAGGAUGUUUUUAACAGAAUGUGACCUCACUGGGAUACCAGAGAACAGAAUAAGCAGAUCAGAUCCAGUUGUUCAUCCAAAUCCUAGAAGCAGCAGUGCGAGAAUCGGAGUGGUGGCAAACCCAGCAAGACCAGGCGACAGCGACCUUCUGGACACCCGUAUUCCAUCACUAGGUAAAGAGAAUGAAAUUCAGGAUUAUCUGUUAAAUCAGGCAAGGCAUCUUGGGCUGAGUGAAGAAUUUGGUCCUUUGGAAUCUGCACACGAUUUCACCUGGAAACACGCAAAGAUGGAUGCAGAUGGGGAAAAUAAAAAGCUGCGCACACGCUCAAAAGGAAUCAAGGUUCAAGUGGACUCCAUAGCUCAAGAGCUCAGUGCCUACAAAUGCUCCAUGGCUAAGAAGAGAAAAGCCGAAGAACAGAUAUCAGGUGUUCCUGUCAACAAAAGGAAGUCCCUGUUAAUGAAACCUCGCCACUACAGCCCCAGCUUGGAAUGCAAAGAAGAAAAUGAAGACAGGACGGAUUUACAGGAAGAGAUCAGUGUCCUUGAAAGAAGCUCAACUCCAGAUUCACCCAGGCCUGAAAAGAGAGAAACCAAAUGUCCCAUCCCAGGAUGUGAUGGCACAGGGCACGUGACUGGGCUGUACCCUCACCACCGCAGUCUCUCAGGCUGUCCACACAAAGUUAGAGUGCCACUAGAAAUUCUUGCCAUGCAUGAAAAUGUUUUAAAGUGCCCCACCCCAGGAUGCACUGGAAGAGGACAUGUCAACAGCAACCGCAACACACACAGAAGCCUUUCUGGUUGUCCAAUUGCUGCAGCUGAAAAGUUGGCAAUGUCCCAGGAAAAGAACCAGCUCGAGUCUCCAAAAGCUGGGCAGUGCCACGAUCAGACUCACAGGACAAAUUUAGCGAAGCAGCCUGAGGUAGCUCAGUAUAAUUACAGAAAUUCACAGCCAAUCACCUCCUCCAGAGCCACCCUGAUGAAAGAACAGGAGAAGUUUGGGAAAGUACCAUUUGAUUAUGCCAGCUUUGAUGCACAAGUCUUUGGCAAACGCACAAUAGCACCUGUGGCACAAGGACGAAAAACACCCCAGUUCCUUGAAUCAAAGCAUUUUUCAAAUCCAGUGAAAUUUUCUAAUCGACUGCCUAGUGCUAGCGCCCACACACAGAGCCCUUGCCAUGCCAACUCUUAUAGCUACGGUCAAUGUAGUGAAGACACCCACAUAGCAGCAGCUGCUGCUAUCCUGAACCUUUCCACCCGCUGCAGGGAAGCAGCAGAGAUCCUCUCCAACAAACCACAGAGUCUGUCUGCCAAGGGAGCUGACAUAGAAGUGGAUGAAAAUGGAACUCUGGAUUUGAGCAUGAAAAAGAACCGAAGCCAAGACAAAGUUAUGCCUCUCACUUCUUCCAGCACAGCACUUCCCACUCCCUCCUCUUCUCCUUUCAAAACAAGCAGCAUCCUGGUAAAUGCAGCCUUCUACCAGGCUCUUUGUGAACAGGAAGGCUGGGAUACACCUAUCAACUACAGCAAGACCCAUGGCAGGAAAGAAGAAGAAAAAGAGAAAGAUCCAGUGAGUUCUCCAGAAAACAUGGAGGAAAAGAAGUAUCCAGGAGAUGUCUCCAUACCAAGUCCUAAACCCAAGCUCCAUUCAAGAGAUCUCAAAAAGGAACUCAUAACCUGUCCAACUCCAGGAUGUGAUGGUAGCGGUCAUGUAACAGGAAACUAUGCCUCACACCGCAGUGUUUCUGGGUGUCCAUUAGCUGACAAGACAUUAAAAUCCCUUAUGGCUGCUAACUCUCAGGAGCUUAAGUGCCCGACACCUGGCUGUGAUGGCUCUGGCCACGUGACAGGGAACUACGCAUCCCACAGAAGCUUGUCUGGUUGUCCUCGUGCCAGGAAAGGAGGUAUCAAAGUGACUCCUACUAAGGAAGAAAAGGAAGACCCUGAACUUAAAUGUCCAGUGAUAGGCUGUGAUGGCCAAGGUCACAUAUCAGGUAAAUACACUUCUCAUCGCACUGCUUCUGGUUGUCCUUUGGCUGCCAAGAGACAGAAGGAGAGUCCCGUCAAUGGGUCUUCACUAUCCUGGAAACUGAACAAACAAGAGCUGCCACACUGUCCUUUGCCAGGCUGCAACGGGCUGGGUCAUGUUAAUAAUGUUUUUGUCACCCACAGAAGCCUGUCUGGUUGUCCUCUGAAUGCACAAGCCAUAAAAAAGGGCAAAAUUUCGGAAGAAUUAAUGACUAUCAAGCUUAAAGCAAGUGGCGGUAUUGAGAGCGAUGAAGAAAUCAGACACUUGGAUGAGGAAAUAAAAGAACUAAAUGAAUCCAAUCUUAAAAUUGAAGCUGACAUGAUGAAACUUCAAACCCAGAUCACAUCUAUGGAGAGCAAUUUGAAAACAAUAGAAGAAGAGAACAAACUCAUAGAGCAGAACAACGAGAGCCUGCUGAAGGAGUUAGCUGGCUUAAGCCAAGCCCUCAUCUCCAGCCUCGCUGACAUUCAGCUUCCACAGAUGGGGCCAAUCAGUGAGCAGAAUUUCGAAGCAUAUGUAAAUACACUCACAGACAUGUACAGCAAUCUGGAACGGGACUAUUCCCCCGAAUGCAAAGCUCUGCUGGAAAGUAUCAAACAGGCAGUGAAGGGCAUCCAUGUGUAGGAUGUGAAAGCUGCUGGGCAACAGAAAUUACUUAACAGCAGUAAACUCCAGAUGGAUCUGUUAGGAGUUCAUGUACUGCUAAGGGGUGUAGGUUGCCAUGCUGCAUUUACAAUUGCAACAUUGCACUAAUUUUUUCCCAGCUGACAUAAAAAAAAAAGAAUAAAACCACAACAGACUAUUUGUAUUAACAGCAAUGCACUCUGUUAGUAUAUUGUAUUUAUUUCAGUACAAUUCCUUUUUUUUUCUUCUUUUGCACUCAGUUUUUGUAAAGUGAAUGUAAAAAGUGUGUGCAACUAUUUUUUAUAUUUUUUAUUUAUUUCUAAUCAAAGAGUUGGUUUUUUUUAUCUUUUAACAGCAUUUUUGCGGCCUGCCAUAUUUUUACAAAUGUGUUUAUUAAUUUAUUUUCCAAUGGGAUUUUAAAUAGACUGAAAAGUUAUACUGUAAAUUAAAUAACUUGCUGGGUUUGUACAGGAAGAAAAAAAAAAAAAACUAUGAAAGUAACAAAUGACUGAACCGUGGUUCUAGUUUUAUUUUCCUCACAUCCUGCUUUUUUAUAAUGGCUUUGUAUCAGAAAUGGGUUUGCGGUAACAUGAGAUGUGAAGAUGCAUGGAAUGAGAAGAUAAAUGGUGCCCACUAGUGGGGAACUUGGGCUCUUAAAAGCACAGUAUGCUGGAAAACAGUGUGUUAAAGAAUACGUUAGCAAUAAUGAAAUAUAGCAAUCAGCAAAGCACUUGACUUGGCUGUGUGAUUUAGCCUAUGCGGAUGAUUAUUUAAACUGUUUCAAGAGAACUUCAGAUUUAUUUUACCACUGCAGUUUUUUUUCAGAGUUAGCUCAUGGAGGAAAAUGACAAUUAUCUCUAAACAAGAAGGAUAAUUUGAUAGGACUGGUACUUUUUUAGUACCAGACGUUGAGGUUUUCGCCAAGUGGCCAGUAUUGCUAUGGAUUUGGAUUUGAAAAACACAAACACAUCCCAAGCUGAAGGCUUUGUACAUAACGAAUCAAACACAUCUCCCCUGAAAUGGCAUUUAAUACUGGUUUGAACUUAACGGCAGCUGAGAAGGCAGCGGUCUGGAGAGGAAUAAUACCACUCCAGCGCAACGGUGGUUGCUUUUCUCUUUGAACGAACGGCAGCAACACCGUGACUGGUUUCUCCCAUCCUUAUCCACUAAGACUAGGCUGAUGCUGAAUAUGUUACCAGUCUUUCGGUAGUGUACCAAGUGCUACAGAGCGUAUAGACAGACGGAGGUGCGGACAGAUGAGCACUUGAGCAGAGGUGCUGGCGUGCGCCUGGGUAUCUUGUUAGCCUGGGUGUGGAACUUCUGAAUCCGUCAGAAAGUAGCGGUUGCUAUAACAGAGGCAAUGUCUAUUUCAGGGAUUGUAAGUAAUUAAGCAUUGUUUCAAAAGUUUUUUUUAUAUUUAUUUUUUUUAAGAAAAAGGUAUAAACAACCAGCUAAACUGCCUUUUUUGUAUGCACACACACCUCAUGUGCAUAUGUGCCUCAGUGUAAAUGUAUACAUGGAUCUAGCGUGUGUUUAAUUUUUCCGUGCUAUAAUGAAAGUGUUUAUUUUUAUUAGCCUCAUUUAUAUUUAGAUUGAAUAUGAUGGCAUUCACAGGCUUGACAUAUACAAUUAUAUUAUUACUGUUCCUGCACAAAAGUACUAUUCAAAAGUGAUUCGACUCUCAUGCACUGUGGUCACUGUUCUGCAUUAGGUGGGGCUUUUGCUUUUUGUUUGAGGGUUGAUUCAACUCUCCGAUCUUAGUUUAGACAGGGGAAAAUGUAUGUUCUUAGAAGCUGUGUUUAUUUUUAAAUCGAUUUUUCAAAAGCUACCAUAUGUGCUGUCUAAUAUAAAUAGGAGGACACCAAACAAAAAUUUGCUAUUAAAGUUAUUGUUCUUGCUAAAAAAAACAGAAAGCAAACAUUUGUUAUACUUGUUAAAUGCAUACAAAAUGAGUUCACUCAUUACAAAGACUAAAAUUUAAUUUACUAAAUAUUUUAACAAAUUUGUUAUAUAUUUUAUUUAAGUAAAAAAGAUCUCUUACUGACCUAUGUAUUUAUUAUUAUGAUUUACUAUGGCUUCAGGUUAAUUUAUCUGUGUUUGGUUGUUUGCUCAGGAUGUUCUGUGAAGUAUGUUUGUAUUUAUUUGCCUCCCUUGUACUUGAUGUGUUUUGUAAUGUGCACUGAUUUUUUUUCUUUUUGUUUUUCUUUUUUUGUGUUUAAAUGCAUUGAUGAGCUAUACUGUAAAUUAGACCUUUUGUAAAGAGCAAUGAUGUAUGCAUUUUUUAAUUUGGAGUAGUUUGUAUACUGUUUCUUCAUACAAUUAAUAUUUCUUACAUCAAAACAACAAAAUUGUGUUCUGUGCUGUACAUUUGGUGUAUGGUAGGAAAUAAAAUUGAUAAUGAAACUGCAGUAAGUUGAUGCCGACUUGUAUUACACUUUCUUAACUGCACCUGGCACUAUACAAUGUGUCAGAUGUUUUACUUGCUUUGUGUACAAAAUGUGUCAUCCCU